AUGAAUGAACUGGACCCAGAGAAGGACUCUUGGAAAGACAGACCAUCCACUGCGGUGGCGGUGAAAGGACUCAUGAAAAAUUGUGCCCAGGGUUACGCCUGUGAAAAAGUGGGGGUACAAGGUGACAGGGUGGGGCAGCAACAGAAGAGUAUGGGGACCUGUCUGGGGCAUUUCUACAUGUCCCAAGUGUUAGCCCCUGAAUGUUGUGAAUUUAAGUCAUCUGUCCACCAAAGCCCCAUGCCAGCCCCAGAAACACUAGAAGGACCAAGAGGACUGGGGACGCACCCCUUCACCAUGUGUGGGGAGAACUCAGGUACUUCAAGCCUUGGUCCUCCCUCCCAGCUUUGUACAGAGAAGAAGGCAUACAGUUGCGGACAGUGUGGCAAGGUUUGCAGCUAUAAGUCGUCCCUGUGGAAGCACCAACAAAUUCACACCGGGGAGAAGCCAUAUGUGUGCGGACAGUGUGGCAAAUCCUUCACCCAGAAGGGUAACAUCAUCUUACACCAGAGGAUGCACACCGGGGAGAAGCCAUAUGUAUGUGGUGAGUGUGGCAAGUCAUUCAGAGAGAAAAAGCGCCUCAUUGAGCAUCACAGGACACACACUGGGGAGAAGCCGUACAAGUGUGGGGACUGCAGUAAGGCCUUCAGAGAGAAUAGGCGCCUCAUUGAGCAUAAGAGGAUGCACACAGGAGAGAAGCCGUACAAGUGCAGGGACUGCAGCAAGACCUUCAACCAGAAUAGGAGCCUCAUUGAGCAUCAGAGGACGCACACCGGGGAAAAGCCAUAUGUGUGUGGGGAUUGCGGCAAGGCCUUCACCCAGAACAGAAGCCUUAUCGGGCAUCAGAGGACACACACCGGAGAGAAGCCGUACGUAUGUACUGACUGCGAGAAGGCCUUCACUCAGAAGUCGAGCCUUAUAGUGCAUCAGAGGACGCACACUGGAGAGAAGCCUUAUGUGUGUGCGGACUGUGGCAAGUCUUUCAUCCUGAACAAGAUCCUCAUUGUGCAUCAGAGGACACACACUGGGGAGAAGCCAUACAUAUGUAUUGGCUGCGGUAAGGCCUUUAGCAAGAAAGGGAACCUUGUCCUGCAUGAGAGGACGCACACCGGAGAAAAGCCGUACUCGUGCGGAAGCUGCAGCAAGGCCUUCAGCCAGAAAUCGAGCCUCAUAGUGCAUCAGAGGACACACACUGGAGAGAAGCCAUAUGUGUGUGGGGACUGCGGCAAGGCCUUCAGCCUAAACAGGAUCCUCCUCGUGCAUCAGAGGACGCACAUGAGGGAGAAGCCUUAUGCCUGUGGAAAGGCCUUGAGCAAUAAGUCUAGCCUCAUUGUGCAUCAGUCAAUGCACAGCGGGGAGAAGCAGCAUGCCUCUGGGGACUGUGGCAGGGCUUUCAGUCAAAACCGUAGUCUCGUCGAGCAUCAACGUAUGCAUAUUGUGGAGAAGCUUUAUAAGUGCAGCCAGUGUGGCAAAGCCUUCAUCAAGAAUUGGAGACCUAAGUGGGAGAGAAGCCCUACGAGAGUGGCAACUGGUCAAAACUUCGUCAGGAACUUCAUCCUCACCCAAAACCAGAGGAGGAUGUACCUGUACCACAGAAUGGGAGUCUGGAACUCAGAAUCCACCCCCCGAUCCCUCCAGAACCCCGCCUUCUUCACCGGGUACCGCGAGGCCUUCUGGGACAGGGAGUCUCGCGACCACCGCUCUGGGGCCCUUCGGCUCAGCCGCUCUCGCUCUGAGCGGAAUCAGGAGAGGACGGGACGGGCGCGGGGGUUUCUGGGAAGUGUACCUGCUCAUGCCCGGGUCGCCAUGGGCACUGGAAGGAUGGCCACCCAGCUGCGGACCAAGAACAUCCUGGGGUCGGUGGCAUUCAGGGAUGUGAUUGUGGACUUCACCCCGGAGGAGUGGCAGCAGCUGAAGCCUGCGCAGAAGGACCUGUACAGGGACGUGAUGAUGGAGACCUACUGGAACCUCGUGUCAUUGGACUUGGAAACUAAACAAAACAUGAGUGAACCAGACCCAGAGAAGGAUUCUUGGGAAGAUAGACCGUCCAUUGCGGUGGCAGUGGAAGGUCUCAGGAAAAAUGGAGCCCAGGGUUACGCCGGUGAAACAGCAGGGAUACUGGGUGACAGGGAUGGGCAACAACACAGGAGCACAGGAACCUGUUUACAACAUUUGGACAUGUCACAAGUGUUAGCACCUGAGUGUUGUGAAUUUAAGACAUUCGUCCACCAAAGCCCCAUGUCAUCCCCGGCAAGACUGGAAGAACCAAGAGGACCGGGGACCCACCCCUUCACCAUGUGUGUGAAGAGCUCAGGUACUUCACACCUCGGUCCUUUCUCUGAACUUUGUGCAGAGAAGAAGACAUACAAUUGUGGACAGUGUGACAAGACUUUCAGCUACAGUUCGUCUCUGCGGAAGCACCAACUAAUCCACACUGGGGAGAAGCCAUAUAUGUGUGGAGUGUGCAGCAAGUCCUUCAGGCAGAAGGGUGACAUUAUCCUACACCAGAGAACGCACACCGGGGAGAAGCCAUAUGUGUGCAGGGACUGCGGCAAGGCAUUCAUAGAGAAUAGGCGCCUUAUCGAGCAUCAGAGGACACACACUGGGGAGAAGCCGUACAUGUGCGGCGACUGUGGCAAGGCCUUUAGCAAGAGACGGAACCUUGUACUGCAUGAGAGGACACACACUGGGGAGAAGCCAUAUGUGUGCGGGGACUGUGGCAAGGCCUUCAGAGAGAAUAGGUGCCUCAUUGAGCAUCAGAGGACACACACUGGAGAGAAGCCAUAUAUGUGCAGGUACUGCGGCAAAUCUUUCAGUGUGAACAGGAUCCUCAUUGUGCAUCAGAGGAUGCACACCGGGGAGAAACUGUACACGUGCGCAGACUGUGGCAAGCCCUUCAACCAAAAAUGGAACCUCAUCGAACAUCAGAGGACACACACUGGAGAGAAGCCAUACGUGUGCAGGUAUUGUGGGAAGGGCUUCAGCCAGAAUAGGAGCCUCAUUGGGCAUCAGAGAACGCACACUGGAGAGAAACCUUAUGUGUGCGAGGACUGUGGCAAGUCCUUCAGUCUCAACAGAAGCCUCAUAGUUCAUCAGAGGACACACACCAGAGAGAAGCCAUACUCAUGUGGAAACUGUGGCAAACUCUUCCGCCAGCAAUCGAGCCUUAUUGUGCAUCAGAGAACACACACAGGGGCGAAGCCAUAUGCAUGUGGGGACUGUGGCAAGGCCUUCAGUCAGAAAUCAAGCCUCAUAGUACAUCAGAGGACACACACUGGAGAGAAGCCAUAUGUGUGCGGGCACUGCGGCAAGGCCUUUAUCAAGAAAGGAAAACUCAUCCUGCAUCAGAAGACACAUACCCAGGAGAAGCUAUAGGCAUGUGGGGACUGCAGCAAAGCCUUCAUUCAGAAUGGUAGCCUCAUUGAGCAUCAAAGAAUACACUCUGGGGAGAAGCUGUAUAUGGGAGGCCAGUGCCACAAGGCCUUUAGCAAGAACUCCUUGUUCAGGAAGCACAGGCAAAUGCACACUGAGGAGUAGCCCUGCCGGUGCUCCAAGUGCCAGAAGGACUUCAUGACAUGCUUGUCCCUGUAGAAUCACCUGACCAGCCACCCCAUGGAGAACCUUUAUAAGUGCGGCAAAGCCUUCAUUAGGAGCUUUUUGCUCCCUGUCCACUGGAGGAUCCCUGUGAGGCAUAAGCCCUGUAAGUGUGGCAAGUGCAGGAAAACCUUCAGCAAGAACCUCAACCUCACAUGACACCAGAGGAGGAUGUACAGGUAGCAGAUGUGAAUGGGAUCUCAGAAUCCACACUCUACUGGCAGGUCCUGAGCCCAUGGGCCAGUGCCAGACUUGACAUUGGAGCCCACGGGGAGAUGUAAGAGAAGUCCUGCCCAGACAGGUCUGAGGGCUGUGGGCAUGGGGAACAGGCCACACCAUGCUCACCAGCUGCUUCCAGAGGAUCUGCAGGGUCAUGUGGAAAGCAAGUCCUCCUACUGAUCUAGUAUCUGGGAGUGUGGCCGGGGCACCGUGGCUCCAAACCGAGCUGGAAAAAACUGUCUGUGAGAUUGGACAACACAUUUAGUGUCUCUGGGUCUCCAUCUUUUCAAUAGUAAAGUGGAGGAGGUGGAGGAGGAAGAAAGAGGGGGAUGUGCGCUUCAUGGGGACAUGGUCAGUUUGUCACACAUGCCUGGAUCUAGUCCAGAGAUUGGGUUGUCGCCAUCUGUAUGUUUCCUUGUUUUCCCCACACACAGCCCCUAGUUUCCCUGCAACACCAGCUGGAAGGCCCCACGCCCAUAAGCUGUAGAAGUUACCAGGUGGGUCAUGAGGAGAAAUAAUAUUUUUCAGGAUUAGGAAGUAACAGUCACUUCAGAUACCAAAGUUUCUCAUAGUGCUCUUUUGAAUUUUUUAAAAAAUAAAUCUUUUAGUUAAUUGACACCAACAUCAUUUUUUUUUCUAAAAUUUUA